AUGGGCUCCUUUCGCGAUGGACUAGCUUCCUUAGCCCUGCUUUUGCUAUGCUUUGUUUCAUGGGGAUCCGCUAGUGUGGUACGCUUCAAGGUCACUCUGACAUGGGAGGACUGGGCUCCAGCUGGUAUUGCUCGGAAGAUGAUUCUCACCAACGGCCAAUUUCCAGCUCCGCCAUUGUACUUGCGACAGGGCGAUGAUGUUGAGUUUCUGGUGGAUAAUCAACUUCCCUUUGCUACCGCAGUCCAUUUCCACGGCAUUGACCAAACGGGAACGCCUUGGUCCGAUGGAGUUCCUGGUCUUUCGCAGGGACCAAUCCCGUCCGGCAGCAGUUUUCUUUACAAGUGGAAUGCAGGACAGUAUGGCAGCUAUAUGUAUCAUGCUCACAGCAGAGGGCAGAUUGAUGAUGGCUUAUACGGAGCGAUUUAUAUCCGUCCUGAUGACGAAGUGGAGAAGCCCUUUCGGUUGAUAAGUACUCGUACGCGUGAAGUCAAGGCCAUGCGUCGAGCCGAAGCAAGAACAACCCCCAUAGUGCUGAGUGACUGGCGCCAGUUGACUUCCGAGGAGCUGUGGCAUGCGGAAGAGGCAACUGGACUAGACGCAUAUUGUGUGAAUGCGUUAUUAGUCAAUGGAAGGGGCUCGGUACAGUGUCUGGACCGAAAUACCUUGGAUCGGUAUAGUGCGGCAAAGUGGGCAUUUCUGGGAAACUCUUCGCUGACUGAUAUUGGCUGCGCGCCCCCGACGAUUCCUCUGCUCGAAGGAAAUUCUCCACACAACUUUAGUGCCACUCCACCGACAGUGUUUUCCGGCUGUACUCCGUCUCAGGGCUCGACCGAGCUACUUCUGGUUGAUCCACACGCCUUGUACGCCAGCUUUGACCUGAUUAGUGCUACUAGUGUGUCAAUGCUCACUUUCUCAAUCGACGAACAUCCCAUGUAUAUAUACGCCAUCGAUGGAAGAUACAUCGUCCCGGCUCCAGUGGAUGCCAUCACCAUUGCCAACGGAAACCGUUAUUCAGUCAUGGUGAAGCUGGAUAAACCAGCUGGUGACUACACCGUGCGUAUAGCGAACGCCGGAAUCAACCAACUUAUUACUACCAAUGCGAGCAUGUCUUACGACACACUUUUCAAAGCUCAAUCGCGUCCUUCGCAACCAUCGAUCGACAUCACCGGCGCAAACACAACAGCGGAUGUCGUAAUAUUCGACGAGAGCAUGGUGACCCCUUUCCCUGUGGAGGUACCGGCGCAAGAGGUUGCCCAGACCUUCUUCCUAGACGUCGGCCGGUUUAACGUGUCCUACCGCUGGAUUCUUGGAAACUCGAGCUUCCCGCUCUCUGUGGAGGAAUCGCCUCCACUUCUGUUCAAUCGCUCCGCUGCCAAGCCCGAUCUCUCGAUUUCAACUCGUAACGGAACCUGGGUCGAUCUCAUCUUCAGAGUGACUGGACCUUUACAGCCACCACAUCCUAUUCACAGGCACUCGAACAAAUUCUUCGUCAUUGGUCAAGGAAAUGGAGCCUUCAACUAUGCUUCCGUGGCUGAGGCGAUGAAAUACAUUCCGGAAAGCUUCAAUUUGAAGGCCCCGCAGAUACGGGACACAUUCGCGACGCCUCCCAGUGUAUCUGGACCCACUUGGUUGGCCAUAAGAUAUCAAGUAGUCAAUCCCGGCGCGUUCUUGAUUCAUUGUCACAUUCAGGUACAUCUGAGCGGUGGUAUGGCGCUGGCAAUGUUGGACGGCGUAGAUAAGUGGCCUGUGCACAUUCCCGAGGAGUACCGGCUCGCUGCCUCGGGAUCAUAG